UCCUGUAUUAAUAGAGGAUUACAUCUGUGCCGCACUUGACCAGAGACCUGCAAGGUAGUCGGUCCAAGUCUGUUCAUGGAACCAUAUCCAGUAUUCUACAUUUGGAAUUAUAAGGCAACUUAAAUCUAUUGCAGUACGCAACCUCAUUAGUGGAUACCUCUUUUUUACGGUCUAUUUUUGCAGCCUACACAAGAAUCCAAACAUAGAAUUUUACUUUGGGAAGACCUGAUUGUCAGAUUGAAAAGAUGUUCCCGUGGUCAGCUGUGUUCUCCCUCGAGCCCAAGGUCCCUGGGCAGCGAACAGCAGAGGAGCUGGUCAUCAACACCCUGAUGCUGGAGCUGGGUGCCAUGGUGAAGCGCACCGAACGCGUACGUCUGGAGCGGAACACCAUGGCGAGCCGGCGCAAAAGCUCUUCCUCCUCGGUGGACUACAGCUGGCUGGCGUCGGUUCCGGUCAAGGCCCCGUUCGAGCUCACGCCGGGGGACGUGCUGGAGCUGCAGGAGCUCUGUGCCAAGAUCCCCCCGGGUAACUGCGGCCCCGCCAUCUCCAGGUUCAGGAAGCUGGUUACAGAGGUGGAGCCUGACGUGCAGGAGGUUCCGCGCCUCUUUCGCUCCGUACUGAUGAACUGCCUGGACGAGAUGGAGAGCAACGCGGAGCUGGAGGCCCGAGCCAGCCGCUGGGACAAUCAGCGCAGCAAGAGCCUUUCCUUCGUCACCUUCCGCUCACGCUUCCGUUCCACCCGGGGCUUUGGCAGCUUGCUGGGUGGCUCGCGGAGCAACCUGCAGGAGCAGGCGUGGAUGGACGAGGAGGAGGAGGAGGAGCAGGUGGCCGAGAAGGUGGCGGUGGAGAAACGGUCUCGGAGGGGCCGGAGCAUGAGCAUGCCAGAGAUCCGGCCCCUUGGGCAAAGAGUUCAGAGCUGAACGUGGGGAUCGAGAGAGAUGGGAAACCAGACAGAAGGAAAGGAAGAUCUAGUGGAUAAGAGAGAUGGGAGAGUCGCAGAAGAAGGAGUCUAAAAGAACAUGAGAGACACAGGGUGAUAACAAACGCACAACUCGAUGGAUGGGGGGGAAAUAACACAAAAUACAACACUUACCUUCUAAAUAGACUUACAAGUACUUAUACAACACUUACCUUCUAAAUAGACCUACAAGUACUUAUCUGGCCACUAUAAUGUUGCUUCCUGAAAUGACGUCUCCAUCUUUUGUUUUCUACGAAAUCUGCUGUGUAAAUCUUUUUCAAAAUUUGCUGCCUAUAAAUAUUGUAAUUUGUAUAUUGUGAAUAAAUGCCUAUACUAAAA